AUGAAGCAAAAGGAAGCCAAACAGCCCCCCCUGGCCCUCCCGGGGGGCCCCCAGGGGCCCCAGGGCCACGUGCUGCACGGGGCGGACGACAGCAUAGUGUGCGUCUCGGCUGGAGCCACUCCGCUGCACAUGUGUGCAGCAGCAGAAGAAAUGGACAUGGGCUCUGUUGCUGCGCUGCAGCAGCAGCAGCAGCCGCACGAGGGCCACUCCCAGCCCGUCACGACGGCCCUCUCGGCCAUCCAGCGGGCAGCUCGGCAGCUGGGGCCCUCCGGGGGGGGCCCCCCGGGGGGCCCCCCGGAGGAGUGUGGGGCCCUCGCCGAGUUCAGCGCCCCCGCUGCAGCAGCAGCAGCAGCAGCAGCAGCAGCAGGCAGCUGCGGGGACUACUCAGAGACGCCGCUGCCGGAGAUGAAGGCGACGCUGCUGCGGUGUCUGCGGAGGGAAGAGGGGGAGGCCCCCGGGGGGCCCCCGGGGGCCCCAGGGCCCCCGUUUUGGAACUUCAAAAAGAUAAUUUGCCAAGAUUUGAUAUUUUGGAAUGGGACAAUUUGGUGGACAGCAGCGACAUUGGCAAGGAGGAAUACGUGGCCCUGGCGCUGCAGAUCGAGGCCUUCUACGAGGACUACGACGGGUGCAACCCCCAGGGUUCGUGGUGCUGCACGGGACGGACACGAUGGCCUACACAGCUUCGGUGUUGAGUUUUAUGUUGGAGAACUUGCGGAAAGCUGUAGUGCUGACUGGGGCGACUUUGCCUCUGACGUAGCUUGGAGCCCCGCACCUGUCCACAGAGCUGCCCAGAGAGUUGUCCACAGCAGCUGUUUACCUGCUGCUGCUGCUGCUGCUGCUGCUGCUGCUGCUGCUGCUGCUGCUGCUGCAGGAAAGGGGGUGACGGGGCCGCGGCUGAAGGAACUGAUGGAAAGCAACUUGCGGGGCGAAGUGACAGUUGGCCUCAAAAAGGUGGAAGGCAAAGCUUCCCUCGACGCGGAGCAGCACACGGAAAUUGCCCAGGAAAUUGCGUGCGUCAGCAGCAGCAGCAGCAGCAGCAGCAGCAGCAGCAGCAGCAGCAGUUGGGGCUGCAGCAGCAGCAGCAGUUGGAGCUGCAGCAGCGGCAGCAGUUGGAGCUGCAGCAGCGGCAGCAGUGAAAGCAGCGGCUGCAGCAUGUUUAGCUAG